UCUCCGGAAGGGGAAGUCGCAGUGCUCGGCCUGUCUUCCCCAUGUUAUGAUGCUUCUGGCUACAGCACUAGCAUUGGCAAGGUCACCCACGUGUGAGAGCUGAGGAGACCGAAGAGGAGAAGGAUAUACCAUCUUCCUUCACCAUACUGGCACAAUGUCUUCCAUUGGUGGGACUCGCCUUGGUAUGUGCAUGCAGCGAUAUGGACCUCUGGUUUGGGCAUCCAUGUUAUGUUGCCACAGGCAAGGAUCGAAUGUUGCAUCGCUGAUGGUACCCUUUAAUGAUGCAACACAUCAAACUGGUUGUCGUAGAAUGUCAGCAAUUGCAGGUCAGAAGAACACUGAGACCUUUGUGGACUUGCAAGAUUUCACCCAUGAACUUAAGGUAGCAGAGAAAAUAAGGAAGUUUCGGAGGUUUAUUGGAGACCCAAGUAUGGCAAAGACUUUUUUAAAGUGCCUGCAGCCAUGGGAUGACAGAGGAAAUGGGCCUAUUAUUUUGGAAUGCGACCCAGGCCCAGGAAUAUUGACACAGACAUUACUAGCCGCUGGUGCCAGAGUGGUUGCACUUGAAAGCAAUAAAGAUUUCCUUCCCUCCUUACAGCUUUUAGAGAACAACAUGGAUGGCCAGCUAGAGGUUGUUCACUGUGAUUUCUUUAAAUUGGAUCCCUUGGGACAUGGAACCAUGCAGCCUCCAGUUAUGUACUCCAGUGUACUCUUCAAUUCACUUUGCAUACCAGAAGCCCCCUGGAUAAAAGAUGUUCCUUUCAAAGUCUUUGGAAUCUUGCCGCAAAAAAAUGAAAGCACUUUUCUUUGGAAGCAGAUUUAUAAUCUUUUUGAGAGAAAUUCUAUAUACAGAUAUGGAAGAAUUGAGUUAAAUGUGUUUAUAAGCGAAAAACAAUAUACGAAAUUGGUUUCUCAACCUGGGGACAUGCGCAAUUACCAGGCUCUGAGCGCGUUAUUUCAGGCAUCGUGUGACAUUCAGCUACUGCAUAUGGAGCCUUGGUCAUCUUUUUUGACACCUUUAAGAUUCAAAGGAGCCGCAAUACCAAGAAGUGUGAUUGUUCCAAAUGAUCAUCUAUGUUUAGUACGAAUAACUCCACGAAGAGAUCUAUUUACCGAUAGUCUGACUCGAGAAAAUGGGAAUACGUUUAUUGUAAUGGUAAAGCAGUGCCUUGGAAAGAGAAAAGCAAAACUUGUAGAUCGAUUGAAUUCCUGGGAUCCAGGAAAUGGCCACAAACUGUUAAGACAGUUAGCUCUUCCUGAGGACAUACAAACAGGAAAUGUUUCUCCUGAACAAUAUAAACAACUUUUUGAAAUCAUGGAGUGUUCAGAAGAGUUCAACAAGAGUUGGAUUUUUGAUGAAACUUUAGAAGAUCUGCAACAGAAUGCAUUUUCAAUGUAAAAGGCUUUAACAGUGCAAAAAGACUGACGUGCAAGGAAGUAGUUGUCUAUGCUAGAGAGUGUUGCCAUUGCUUUCCAUGCAAAGUGUUGUCAUUCCAGUGGAUGUGCGGAAGAAUUAUUUUUGUGCGGGUACUGGAAAAAUAUUGAAAAUCAUCUACCAAAUUAACUUUAACAAGACCACUAUUUUUAAUUAUCAGUCAAAAGCACCUUAUGUGAUGGUUUUCUUGUUAAAAAAAACCCAAAAACAUUUGUAAAUAAUUUAGUGAAACUGAAAAACAACAAGAUGUAAAUAAACAUAUACAAAUGCAUUUAUGAAUAUAAACUUUUUUCUGCCAAAA